CUUUCAUCCCAAGCAAACACCAAACAUGCCCAGCCCGGCCCUUCUUUGUUCCAUAUGAACAUUUCAUCUCCAGACACCUUGAUCUUUUCCCAUCAACUCUUUCUUCCGCCAAUCGCAUCUGGUACGCGGUGGCGGAUGAUGGCGUGCUCGUGUUUAGGCAAAACCCGAUUUGAUGCGGAAAUGAAGAUUGUCACUCCACCCCGCAUUUCACGCAGCGUACCUGAAGACUGGCCGGGCCCAUCGUGGGCAAUACCGAGAAUGCUGUGGGGAAGGCAUAUAGGCUCAAAGAGAAUUUAAGCUUCAUGCCCGCUGUCUCGGGUUGCUGCUCCGAGAUUCCUGUUCUCUAAUGUAUCUGCUACGGAGGAAAGUUUUACCUCGGAAUAUGUAAGGAAAUGUGUUCUCCUUGUGAGAACAAUUUCUUUUGGGAUGCUUCACUUCUCUGGACAUACUCAGCAUGCGUUUGUUAUUCUUCCUUGGUAGUUUCCUCGCCUCAGCUGUAUCUGGUUAUACUUGGAAAAAUGUAAAAAUAGGAGGAGGUGGUGGUUUUACACCUGGAAUAGUGUUCAAUCCCACCGAAAAAGGGCUAGCAUAUGCGAGAACAGAUAUAGGAGGACUAUACCGACUCAAUGCGGACGAUUCAUGGACUCCUCUCCAAGAUCAUGCCAAUGACACAACUUGGCAUGAUUGGGGAGUGGAUGCCCUUGCAUCUGAUCCAGUUGAUCCUCGAAGAGUCUACAUCACAGUUGGAAUGUACACGAACAGCUGGGACUCAAACAAUGCCUCCGUUCUGCGCAGUGAAGACUAUGGAAAGACAUGGGCUCGAACCCCACUUCCAUUCAAAGCUGGUGGGAACAUGCCCGGUCGUGGAAUGGGCGAACGACUUGCUAUAGACCCGAAUAACAAUAAAGUGAUCUACUUUGGCGCUCGAAGCGGAAACGGUCUUUGGAGAAGUGUUGAUCAAGGAUUGUCUUUCCAAAAGGUUACGAGCUUCACUCAGGUCGGCACAUAUAUUUCGGAUUCUACCGAUACCUCUGGAUUGAACAAUGAUAUCGAUGGCCUUGCAGCUGUCACGUUCGAUCCUACUUCGCCGUUGAAGAAUGGUUCCACCUCUAGGAUUUACGUUGGUACAGCGGAUCGAAAUUCUUCAACCUGGGUCUCGAAUGAUGCUGGCGAGACAUGGACAGCGAUGGUUGGUCAACCUACGGGAGUCUUUCCUCACAAGAUGAAAUUCUCCCCGGCCGAAAAGGCAUUGUAUAUCUCAUACAAUAGUGAGUCUGGUCCUUACAGUGCUGGUACUGGAUACGUCUAUCGAGUUUCAUCGAAUGGAACGUUCACCAAUAUUACUCCCGCUUGGGCUGCGAAGAAUAGCGUUUCGAUUGGGUACGGAGGAUUAGCGCUAGAUACUCAGAAGCCAGGAACGUUGAUGGUCGCCGCCAUGAACCUUUGGUACCCUGAUGUUCAGAUUUUCAGGAGUACUGACUCAGGAGCUUCUUGGACCACGAUCUGGGAUUAUGUAAACGGAAAUCAGGCAAAAUACUACACCUACGACACAGCCAAAGCACCCUGGAUCAACAACCAACGCCAACCAACCGACACCAAGAUCCUCGGCUGGAUGGUCGAAGCCCUCGAAAUCAACCCCUUCGACAGCAACCAUUUCCUCUAUGGAACAGGCGUCACAAUCUACGGCUCCCACAACCUCUCUUCCUGGCCAAAUGCCCACAUCUCCUCCCUCGCAGACGGCAUCGAAGAAGAAAGCGUCGAAAGCCUCAUCUCGCCCCCCGGAAUCGGCAUCCCGCUCAUCAGCGCCGUCGGAGACGAUGGCGGCUUUGUACACUACGAUCUUAACAAAGCUCCGGAAAAUAGCUUCGAUAAUCCAUUCUGGAGCACAACUACCGCUAUCGACUAUGCAGGUCUAAGUCCCAAGAAUAUUCUCAGAAUAGGAAACUCUCAACUCGCAACCUCGACUAAUGCAGGUCAGAACUGGACUCUCGUCACCAGCGUCCCAUCAACGGCUUCAGGAGGCGCAAUUGCCUACGCAGCCGACGCAUCAGCCAUCGUAUGGGCAUCAUCCGCGGGCUCAUUACGAGUUUCUUCAAACACCAGCACGACCAUCUCAACCCUGCCAAGUACCGCGGCUGUGGUAGCAGAUAAAGUCAACUCCUCUUAUUUCUACGCUGGUGAUACGACCGGAAUCCUCGUUUCCAAAGACGGAGGCAAGACUUUCGCCCGCACAGCAAACAUCACGUCUUACGCCGGCGUCAAAAUGGCCGCUCAUCCCGCUGUAGCGGGGGAUGUCUGGCUGUCUACCGAUCUGGGAAUUUACCAUUCUAGUGAUUUUGGUACGAGUUUUGCGCAAAGUCCGAAUGUGCAGAGUGGGAAUUCGAUAGCGGUGGGAAAAGGAGCGGGUAAUGCAACGAAUGUGUAUUCAUUCAAUACAGUCGGAGGAAUGGCGGCGUUGAGGGUGACGGUUGAUGAGGGAGUGACUUGGAAUGUGAUUAGUGAUGCCGGAUACGGGUUUGGGAGUGCGGGGGCGAAUUGUUUGGCGGCGAGUUGGGAGACGGAGGGGUUGGUGUUUGUGGGGACGAAUGGGAGGGGGGUGUUUUAUGGGGUGCCGUGA